ACUAAAAAUUUGAAUAAAAAUAAUUAGAGAUUUCUAACGUGAAAUUAUAUCAAUGGUAUGAUGCAAAUAUGAGUUAGAUUAGAGAUAAAAUUUGACUGAUUAACCUGGGCGUUGAUGCACAAUAUUCGCCAGGUAUUUUGAUGGUAGAGGUUAGAGGUCAUCAGUGUCGAUAAUUGAAGGGAUGUCAAUAUCAAUAUGGCGAAACAGGACAGAGUUUCAAGUAGCAUACCAUCUUAUGGAACAGAUCUUCAAGAAAAAAUAAUAUAUUUAUUCUUUGAGGAAACCAUUCAAAGGUGUUGUCGAUCCCUGAAGACAUUUAUAAGAGGAUUAUAUGUUGAGUGUACCAUUAUAGCGCUGACAGUUGUUGACAUAUUUUUCAUAACUGUAGAGUUAAUGAUUAGAGCAGAAGUUUUACAAGAUCCUUUGGAAAGCAAGUCAAUAGACUAUCUGAGUAGUCAAAGUUCAAAUACAACAGCACAGAAUGAUAUUGAUCCAGGAGGAGGUUGUCGUACAUGUAAUUUUGAUACAUCUCUUGGAGCUGCAUACUGUUUCUCACAUUACAUAAGUUUAGUUAUAGCAUUGAUCUUCUUUAUAGAGUUAUUACUCCGCCUAGUAACGGGCUGUACAAAAAUGUGUAAAGAUUUUAUACAGCUGAUAGAUGGCUUUACAGUAUUUAACCUUGCUGCUAUUGAAGUGUUGUUCACAAUAUUUUGGGAGAAAACCUUGUGCUUUCAUAUAGCUAUAGAAGCCAUUACUUAUAUAGUAGCACUAAGGUUAUUGCGUAUACCAAAAGCCUGUAGUGUAUUAAAAGAAGACUAUUCUGAAAAGAUGGAUUUAGAAGUGCAUUAUUUAAGCAAGGCCAAGUCUAAAGCAGAAGAACGUUCAAGAGAGCUUGCUAAUACAGUACAGAAGCAACAGAAAGAAAUAGAGACACUGCGGAAACAGUUAGGGUCAGGAUCUCUGUAUGAAAAUGAUAUUAUAGUACACACAAGAGGGACAGAUGAUCUAGAUUCCUCAACUAUAAGUAAUGGUCAUGUUCCUAGUGAAGCAUCAGUAACUCAUAGUGGACAUAGUGGACAAUCUCCAAAAUUCGUUUCAACUAUCAAAACUGACAGUCAUAUUGUUUCUAUGACAACCCCACCUGUUCCAAAUCGCGAAAGCAAAGACAGCCAUGUUUCUUAUGCGGUUAUAGAGAAUAACUCAAAUAAGCUAAGAAGGAAUGAAUCCGGUGAAAAUAGAGCAAUUUAUAAAAAUGUUUGUCAUGUGAAAAGUCCUUCUUUAGAGGUUAAACGGACAAGUAGUCAGGUUGGCUCAAGAAUUAGUUUUGAAAGUGAUAUCGACACUAAAAACCUUAUUCAUAGAUCUAAGAGUACAAAAAGUUCAAAAGGAGAGGCCAUUAAAAGGGCUAUUGCAAUGCUAGAAAAUAGUAAACCGCCGACUGAGACACAACCAGGCGGACCAAGCGUGUCUCGCACGCCAUCAAAUAAACUCAGUGAUCUGGACAAUACAAAACUACAAGAAAAUGAUUCAGGCUGUGUAAAUGGUUCAUUCGAGAGUGAUGAAGAAGUGGUGAAGAGAAAUCUCCCAGUAAUGGCAGAAUACCAGGGAACUCGAACAUACAGAAGUGCUGAGGGUGUUCCAUUGACAGACCUGUAGCCAUACAAAUAAUAAAGGAGUCUGGAAUUUAAUUACGGACAAAUAGAUUAAUGCACACAUGCUUUACAAUAUCCUGCAUCAUCUUCCUGUCAAUCAAUGUUUUGCGCAUUAACGUUUUUAGUAUGGCUCUUUUUUUAAAUUGAUUCUUGGAUGGUUAAUUAAACAUCCAAGCUGUUUCAAACGUUGCGUUUAAGAUUGCACUAGAAUAAUAAUGUCAUUGUGUCAUAGACACAUUUAAAAGAUAUCUUAGUCUGACAGUUACGUGUGAUAUGGUCUUUCCAGUUUGAUUAGUAAUAAACAUAAACUUUUUCAAUACAUAUAUCAUAACUCCCGUAAUCGUGUCGUUUGAAAGUUAAUAUGACUUAAAGUUCAGAAAUAUCAUCUGUGCAUUUCAUCAAUUAUUUCAUACCAUUAAUUGUAUAUCAUUGUUAUUUUUUUCAUUUUUAAUGCAUUUAUUUUUUAUAACAAAGCAUAAUUCUACUGCUUUAAAUAUAACAUAUUUGAUAUAAAUAUGUUAGAUAAAUAUUUAAUAAUCAAACGACUUUCGAGAAUUCCAGUAUGAAUAUUUUAUUACCUUAUUAACAUGACAUACAAUAUAUAUACAGUUAAUUAAUUUUUGUAAUAUAUAUAGUACCCCUCCCUCCCCCGAAAGUCAAUCUUAAUUCCAGCAUGCAUUCAUGCAGUCGCAAUUAUUGUAUUUUGAAUACAUUUUCUGGAUAAUUAAUGAGAAAAGGUUCCAAACUGUGAAACGUUAAUUAAUAAGAGUCGCAAGUCUUUAAAAUUUGUAUUCCAUGUAAGGAAUAGAUGUUUACUUUUACUGCUGCUAUUUUCUAGGAACGUCCUCAACUGUCUCAACUGACAAUAGUCCUUUGUUUUAUUAUAUUUCAUUGUUGAAAUUAUUGUUAAAAUUUUUUUUAUUAUAUGUAAGUUAUAUUAGUAAAUAUCUUAGAUUUUAUAUAUAAAAAUUAAGAAUCGUU